AGAGUCACAUUAGGUUUUGGGAGCUUCUGCCCAGAGCCGAGGCCGAGACACUGAGCUCUGGAGGUUCCAGGCCACGCUGUGCAGGAAAGGAAUGAAGCCAGGAGCACCUCAAAGUCCAGUUUGGUUGUGACUGACUGGCAGAUGAGCGCAGAGCUGGCAGCAAUGGGGCCUGGAGCUUCGGGAAAUGGGGUCAGCACUAUGACAGUUCCACGCUCAGCGCCGGGUCCCGGAGUCAGCCUGCACGCCUACGAUAUCGCCAUCCUAGUCGUCUACUUUGUCUUCGUCAUCGGAGUAGGGGUCUGGUCAUCCAUUCGUGCGAGCCGAGGGACCAUCGGCGGCUACUUCCUGGCGGGGAGGUCCAUGAGCUGGUGGCCGAUCGGAGCAUCUCUGAUGUCCAGCAAUGUGGGCAGCGGCUUGUUCAUCGGCCUGGCUGGGACGGGGGCUGCUGGAGGUCUUGCUGUGGGUGGCUUUGAGUGGAAUGCAACCUGGCUGCUUCUGGCCCUUGGCUGGAUCUUCGUCCCCGUGUACAUUGCAGCCGGUGUGGUCACAAUGCCACAGUACCUGAAGAAGCGAUUCGGGGGCCAGAGGAUCCAGGUGUACAUGUCUGUCCUUUCUCUCAUCCUCUACAUCUUCACCAAGAUUUCAACUGACAUCUUCUCUGGAGCCCUGUUCAUCCAGAUGGCCUUGGGCUGGAACCUUUACCUCUCCACGGUGACCCUGCUGGUGGUGACGGCCGUCUACACCAUCACAGGGGGCCUCACGGCCGUGAUCUACACAGACACUCUGCAGACGGUGAUCAUGGUCGGGGGAGCCCUGGUCCUCAUGUUUCUGGGUUUUCAGGAGGUGGGCUGGUACCCGGGCCUGGAGGAGCGGUACAGCCAGGCCCUCCCUAACGUCACAGUCCCCAACACCAGCUGUCACCUCCCCCGGCCCGACGCCUUCCACAUGCUCCGGGACCCUGUGAGCGGGGACCUGCCCUGGCCAGGCCUCAUCUUCGGGCUCACGGUGCUGGCCACCUGGUGCUGGUGCACUGACCAGGUCAUUGUGCAGAGGUCUCUCUCCGCCAAGAGUCUGUCCCAUGCCAAGGGGGGCUCCGUGCUGGGGGGCUACCUGAAGAUCCUACCCAUGUUCUUCAUCGUCAUGCCCGGCAUGAUCAGCCGGGCCCUGUACCCAGAUGAGGUGGGCUGUGUGGACCCCGACGUCUGCCAAGCGAUCUGCGGGGCCCGUGUGGGGUGUUCUAACAUUGCCUACCCCAAGCUGGUCAUGGCUCUCAUGCCCGUGGGUCUGCGGGGCCUGAUGAUCGCGGUGAUCAUGGCCGCCCUCAUGAGCUCACUCACCUCCAUCUUCAACAGCAGCAGCACCCUGUUCGCCAUUGACGUGUGGCAGCGCUUCCGCAGGAACGCAACAGAACAGGAGCUGAUGGUGGUGGGCAGAGUGUUUGUGGUGGUCCUGGUCGUCGUCAGCAUCCUCUGGAUCCCCAUCAUCCAAAGCUCCAACAGCGGGCAGCUCUUUGACUACAUCCAGUCUGUCACCAGCUACCUGGCCCCGCCCAUCACUGCCCUCUUCCUGCUGGCCAUCUUCUGCAAGAGGGUCACAGAGCCUGGAGCCUUCUGGGGCCUCCUGUUUGGCCUGGUGGUGGGGCUUCUACGCAUGAUCCUGGAGUUCUGCUACUCAGCCCCAGCCUGCGGGGAGGAGGACCGCAGGCCGGCCGUGCUCAAGGAUUUCCACUACCUCUACUUUGCACUCCUCCUCUGUGGGCUCACGGCCAUCGUCAUCGUCGCUGUCAGCCUCUGCACAGCUCCCAUCCCCGAGGAAAAGCUGGCUCGCCUGACCUGGUGGACGCGGCACUGCCCCUGCUCUGAGCUGGAGAAGGAGCCCCCUGAGAGCACAGUGGGAACAGCACAGAUGGCCUCUGGGGAGGGCCCCACAGGGGCCGGAGGAGCAGAAGACCCCAGCCCGGAGCAGCCUGGAGCCCCACGCAGGUCCUGGGGACAGUGGCUCUGGCGCUGGCUCUGCGGGAUCUCAGGAGCCCCGGAGCAAGCGCUGAGCCCCGCCGAGAAGGCCGCCCUGGAGCAGAAACUGACCAGCAUCGCGGAGGAGCCGCUCUGGAGGAGCGUCUGCAACAUAAACGCUGUGCUGCUGCUGGCCGUCAAUGUCUUCCUCUGGGGCUACUUCGCCUGACUCCGCAGGCCUGGCUUCGGCCUUGGGAGGUUCAGCACCGCCAGGCCUGGCCGGCUGCAGACAGGCUUUUCCUCCCGCCUCGCUGUCCACACGGAACCCUCAGAGGUUGAGACUGCAGGAGGCUGUGAUGAGUACCUGGCCAGGCCGCGCACUGAGAGGAACCAGGAGGCCCAGAGAGGGCACUUGGUCUGCUCAGGACACACAGCAGGACUUGCACUGGGUCUCGGGCUCCAGCUCUCUCCACUACAGAACCUUUCACUCCUACCUCAAAAACAGUUUUCCCUCCUCUGGUGAGUCUGUUCAGGAGCUUUUACUCUACAUGUGUCAUGAGGUCAAAAAAGUGGAAGAUAAAGAGUGGCAAGAAAGCUGCAAAAAUCCUCGGUGUCUUUGCUCACCCUUAUCCUUUCCUUGUGCACUGUCUCCCCGCUUUACUCUCUGGCUCCCAAUCCCCGCUCGUCUAUUUCCAGCCGGAACCUCCCCAGGAGGGCCUCAUACUCUCAUUGGCAGCUCUGCUGUGGUGGCUGUCAGACUGGAAGGAGUGAGGGACCAGGUGGAGGGUAAGCAAGGUAGCAGCUGGCAUUGGGGCAGGGAGCUCUUCUUAGUACACUCAGAUCUCCCGGCUUCCUACUCUCACAGCCAAACAUGCACCAAGUCUCCAGCCCUUGAGGGACCUGGAGGCCAGCUGGAGAAACAGGGCUUGUUGGAGAAAAGAGAGAUGAAGACGGGCUGCUUGGUGCUAUGAGUAAGCCUGGCAGAGGGGCAGCGAAGACCACCCAGGAGGCCCUGCAGCUGUGCCUUUGCCCUCUCCCAGGCAUCCAUCUAGCCUGGAAAACACCACGACCUUGCCUGGGUGCCCCUCCUCCAGGAAGCUGCCGGAUGCCCACAACUAGAUCAAAGUCCCAUUCCUGCUUCCACACCCUCUGGACCUGCUUCUGUGACAGUGCUGAUCAGUACUGUGAGAUUUGCCUCCCAGAACAGACAGUACUCCAAGGGGCAGGGACCAAGUGACUUUGCACCCAGAAAGUAACAGGCGUUGCAUUAGUAACAGUAAAUGUUGGGUGGUAAUUCUACAAAGUCCUGGCUGGGUAGGGAGCUGGGGGUGGGGAAGAAUCUACUUCAGCUGGAGUUUACACUGAGUCUCAGCUGUCUAGCAUGAAACCACGGGCCUGUUCCAUUGCCAGAGACACCCACGAGAAUGUCCCUUCCUUCUUUUGUCUUCUGUCUAGGCUGUCCCGACUCUCAUGGGAUCCAUUUUAAUGCUGACUUCGAUCAUCACUUUAUGUUAAUCACUCAUCAUAGUUGAAUACAAAUACAAUUCUUGUUUUCAGGGCUUCAAUACAUCUGUGCAUAUGAAUAACUCUUGUAGCGGCUGCCUCUCCAUUUCUGUGCCCAUCAGCCUUUUCCCGCUCUGUGUCACCUUCCAUGUCUAUGCUAUCCUUACUGUUCAUCAGGACCCUUUCUGGGCACUCAGCUGUUUCCCCCAAUUUCCCUCAAACCAUCUACAUAAGGCAUUUAUGUGCAACCGAUUAUACUGAAGGUUUGGGGAGGGGAAGAGCUGUAAGCUGCAAAAGCACAAUUUAAAAUUAAAUAUUGAAUAUCUCUGUUUCUCAGAGCUCUUCAGCCUGCUCUGAGAACUUCCCACGGGUCUCGCCAAGUGCAGCCUCCUGCUACUCGCUGUGGUCCCCAGCUCCCUCUCCCAGCAGCUUCUCUCAUGUAUCCCUCUCCUCUUUUCUCUUUCAAGGACCUCUUCCACAGCUCCCCCUGCCUUUGGUAUACUGAGUCUCAUCUGAACUCCAGAUCUAUGUG